GGGUGAACUAACCCCCCGUUAGUUUCGGGGGUAAAAAAGUCAUUUUGGCCCUCGUUUCUCUCUCUCCCCCCUUCCCUUGCUCUCGCUGCCUUCCUACCGCCGCCGCCGCCUCGCCUCUCCGCUGCAUCCUCACUCUCCACGUCGGUCGGCGAGGUGGCGAGAGGGUUGCUGGAGAAGAAGAGGAGAGAGAAGAGAGGAGAGAGACGGGGUCCCACAAAAUUGACAGAGGUUACGUGCACGGUGGGUGCACAAAAUCGCACUCGCAGGCACCUCAUCAAAGAGUAACAACUCGUUAAUCCUCGAAUAUUUGGGUUAUCUCCUUGUAUUUCAAUCAAAUGGAGAGCUUGGUCAUCGCCGAGCUAUCAAGAAACUCGCCCAAUUUCACCGAAAUAGUGGACGAAAUAGCAAGAAUCGAGAGAAGGGUCUUCCCAAAGCACGAAUCACUGGCCAGAUCCAUCGACGACGAACUGAAGAAGAGGAACACUGGAUUGCUGUACUCCCAUGUCGGCGGCGAUCUUGCCGGCUAUGUCAUGUAUUCUUGGCCAUCUUCACUCGCUGCUUCCAUCACAAAACUUGCAGUGAAGGAGAAGUAUAGAAGGCAAGGUCAUGGAGAGGCAUUGCUGAAAGCAGCGAUUCAGAAAUGCCGAAAUAGAAGUGUCCUUCGCAUUUCGCUUCACGUUGAUCCCUCAAGAACUCCAGCCAUGGCUCUCUACAAGAAACUUGGUUUCCAAGUUGAUGACUUGAUAGAAGGAUACUAUUCCCCAGAUCGAAAUGCUUAUAGAAUGUACUUGGAUUUUGACAGUAAUUAGCAACUGGAGCUUCAAUCUCUAUUCAAAUCCUUGCAGAAAAUGUGCACCGCAUGAGUUCUUUUGCGUUUUGAUGCCAGAAAUCGAGAAAGAGAAGUCAGGAAAGAAGCAUUUGUAACAGAUCACAGUUGUCUUAUUUAGUCGAUGAAUGCCAUUCUUCCAAAGGUAAUGUUCUCUAUUUUCGUUUUGGUUCCCAAAAACUGCUAAAUCUUGCCAAUGGGUUACAUUAAAAUUGCAAGAUUUAUGUUAUCUAGAUGAGAUGAACAUGUGAUCCCCAUCCCCAACACCAGUACUGGAACUGAAAAUGUAUAUAGGGAGACAGAUAUUGUGUUCUGCCUGCCAUAUUGGUGUUGCUUCUGUUGUGUUCAUGCUUGUGAAGAUUCACUGGUCAGUUUUCAUCACUCUUAACCUCAAAAAAAGGCUGGUGGGCUCUUGUUGAAUCUCAGAACUUGCUGAUUUCAGCAGUGGUUGCUUACUAAAAGGAAAAAAUAUUUUGUGCUUCCAAGACACCUCAUCAACAAGGAAAAUGCUCGAGAGCCAGAUAGCCUUACCGACAGGCUUACAGAAAAGGGGCAAAAAGACCAAAUUUCCCCCUCCUCUCCUCUCCCUGCUCUGCUCUCUCCUCUCGCCUCUCAUGGCCGCCGCCUCACCUCGCUGCCUUGUCUCACCUUCGUCGUCUCGCUGCCAUUGCUGCCUUGUUGACGGCAACGACGACAUGGUAGCGAGGCACGGCGAAGCGGCGGUGAGGCGGGGGCCAUGGGACGGGAGGUGAGAGAGCAGGACAAUGGCCUAUUUUGCACUUUGCAAAUUUGCAAAGUGGGUGGGGCAAUUUCGUCAUUUUACCCCACUCGGUAAUUGCGUAUGUAGGCCUGUCUGGCUCUGUAGAACGACUCCAUCAAUAAUGCCUCAUCCCAACCACUGAUUCCAACAAUGGUUGCUUCCUAAAUCAUAUGCUGCGAUGAAGGUUAUAGAGCUGAAGGUUCGUUUACAUUGCAAGUCAUGUGAGGCCACAGUCAGAAAAGCUUUGUGUAAUAUCAAAGGUGUAAGGUGCGUGGAAAUAAAUGUAGCGUCAAACGAGAUCCGAGUGAUGGGGAACAUAGAUCGGAAGGCGGUGGUGAAGGCUGUUCGGAAGACAGGCAGAAGAGCAGAGCUUAUUUCCCGACAAACGUCAUCCUGUCGGCCGGUGGAGGAUUUCCGACGACAACCUCCUCGGCGAAAAGUCUUCAAGCAUGCUUUCCUUUGCAUAAUUCCAAAGUGCAUUUCCACUGCCACAUGAUAUUGGGGCUUGUUUGUUUUGCCUUUAUCAUAUUUUUAUUAUUUAAUUUUUGAAAUACUAUAUAAAUAUAUAUUUUAUAAAAUAAAUUAAUCUAAUGAAAACUUUUAAU